AAUUUUGCACGAGAAGUAAAAAUCUUACCAAGUGAUUACAGAAAAAUCGGAAUGCGGCUUCAGAAGACGUGGUUGCUGGUGGCCGGCUUAGCCGUCCUGCUGGCAUGUUUGGCGGAGGCCCAGCAGCCUCGUAGACUACGGGUACGUCCGCGGGUGUUGCAGCAGGAGAACAGUGGCGAGCUGGUGGACAGCGCGGAGGAUGUGCAGGACAACCGGGCUCAGCAAGCGAUCCAGUACUAUCGGGCGCAAGCCCGCGAAGAUGACGAAGAUCCUCGCCAGCUGGUUUUGGUAGCCAGCGAGGACGACUACAACGGUCAGUACGGUACACCCGCUCCGCGGGCACGUGCCGAUACCUACCGACCGGCAGUGAAGGUCACCACGGCCGCUCCGGUGGCUCCUCGCCAUAAGGUUCAAGAAGCACGCCCCCCACCGGUGCAAACCAUUCGCAAUUACAACAAAGUCAACGAUGACGGUUCAUUUACCUUCGGUUAUGAAGCUGCUGACGGGUCGUUCAAGGAGGAAACCCGUGGCACGGAUUGUGUCGUCCGUGGAAAGUACGGUUAUAUCGAUCCGGACGGUAACAAACGUGAGUUUACCUACGUGUCGGGAAAUCCUUGCGAUCCAAAUAACCCUGAAGGUAGCGAAGAAGAGGAGGAAAAGUCUGAAGAAGAGUCCAACGAGAACGUUCCUCAGAAUUACCCCAGAAGACCAUCCGCUCCACGACCGAUUCCAACGCGUCCAGCUCACACGACUCCUCGUCCAACCACCACCGUCUUCCAGAACACCUACAACAACGGCUACAACAAUCAGGAAGAAUCCGAGGAGGAAGUCCAAAUCGGUCAACGCGUUCGUCCAGCUGCUCGUCCAUUCACCAACCAACAACAUCAGCAAACCGUGACGCAGCGUCCACGAGUUCAGGUCGUGAGCACAACUCCGAACACCGUCUACCACACGCCAACCCAAUCCAUUCCGGUGAACAUCACCCCCAAGACGGUCUACCGGCUACAGCCUCAGAACACCCUUCAAACUCAACCUCCACCAACGACCUACCGUCCGGAUACAACCACCCCGGUGAGCGGCUUCUUCUCAACCACCAAGAACAGUGGCAUCCUCGGCGGAACACGACAGCCGCUAGACUUCGACGCCGAGUUCAAGAAGUUCCAGCAGGACAGCAAGAUCCCAUCGACCACCCCAUCGAAACCGGUUUCGUCCUCCACGGCCAAACAGGUCACCAACAACCCGAUCUACCAAACGCAGCUGGUGUACGACCCGCAAACCGGCCACUACGACACGGCUCUCUACCAGCAACUGCCGCAAAGCGACGGUGACUUCCAGCUGAACCACCGCAUUCAGCCGUUCGUUCAGCACCCCAUCCAGCAUCACCACCAGCCCGCCCCGCAGCUGGUCAGCCUGCAGCACCUCCAGCAGCAAAGCCCGCUGUACCGCCAGCAGCAGUCCCAGCCGCAGCCCCAACCCGCCCCCGCUCAGGUUCAAAUCCCCCAGCAGAUCUACCAGAAGCAGCAGAACGAACUGCAGUUCAUCAACAGCCAGCAGCUGUUCGCUCAGCAGCUCGAACUGCAACAGAACCAGCUGCGUGCCGACCGGCUGGAAGCCGCCAAGAAGUCCCAAGUCCCGCAGCAUCGCUUCCAGGCAUCCACCCCGCAGAUCCAGCGCGUCCCGCAGCCCCAGCAGCAGUACUACUUCGUCCAGCCGCAGGGCCAUUCCAGCGGACAGAUCGACGCCUUCCUGAGGGGUCACAACAUCGAAUACUGA